AUGGGACGGGUGACUGGAGUCUUUGAUAAUCCUCCGAGCUUUCCUUGUACACCGCCUGGUGUAGAUAUCCUGGAGGGAGGGAAGCUCACCUCCAACAAUGUGGCGGGCAGUUCGCACGACCCUUUGCAGAGCCCUGCGGUUGCCAGCGGUGCUGUUUCCAUACCAGGCGGUGAUACAGCCGGUCAGGAUGCUCUCCACAGUGCAGGUGUAGAAGGAUCUGAGGAUUCUGGGGCUCGUUCCAAACUUCCUCAGCCGUCUCAGGAAGAAGAGACGCUGAUGUGCCUUCUUCAGCACUGCAUCUGUGUGAGCAGACCAUGUGAGAUCCUCGAAUGGUGCUACCAUCCAAAAGGGAGCUGUAAAGGUCCAGAGAACUGGAAGGAAAUAAACAAUAAUUGUGGAGGUGACAGACAAUCGCCUGUCAACAUAGUGACAAAGACAACCCAACUGGACAAGCGCCUGACGUCCUUCAAUUUAACUGGAUACAAGACCUUAUUCGACAGUACUGUCAAGAAAAACAGUCACACUGUUGAGGUCACUCUAAACCCCACAGCAACAGUAUCAGGUGGAAACCUGGAAGACACGUAUAAGCCCCUUCAAUUUCACCUGCACUGGGGCACAAAUGGAGUUCGUGGCUCUGACCACACCAUCGAUGGAGAACAGUAUCCUAUGGAGCUUCACGUUGUACAUAUAAAACAAAAAUACAGUAAUCUUACGGAGGCUUUCCAGGAUCAAUCUGGCCUUGCAGUGUUUGGAUUCUUCUUAGAGGAGUCAAACAGCACCAACAAAAAUUUUGACAAUCUCAUAAAUGUCCUGAGGAGCAUAGAGAACAAAAGUGGAGAUGUGUCCAUUAAAAACAUCUCAGCCAGUCAGUUCAUUCUGCCGGAGGAGAACAUGACCAGCUAUUACCGUUACAAUGGCUCUCUGACCGCACCCAACUGCUCUGAAUCUGUGAUCUGGACCGUCUUUGAAAAGACCAUUCCUCUUAGCAAAAAACAGCUUGAGUUUUUUUCUUCUCUGAAACUCGACGACGGGACACCGAUGGUUGGGACAUUCCGACCACCACAGCUCCGUAGCGGACGUACAGUUUAUCGGUCGAGCAGUCCGGCGGUCCUGGCCAGCGUGGUGCUUCUCUUCAUCUCCAUCACUACAACAUUCAGUCUGUCCCAUCUAUGCUAAGACAGCCCAACCCAGACUGAACACAAUGAGUUCUCAACAAAACAACAGACCAACAUGAGAUCAAAUAGAAUAUAUUUUUGCUAUAUGAGUGUUUUUCUACAUUUUGGCGGAGUUUUCAGUCUUUCUAAUACCAUUUGGAUAAUAUCAAUAAGUUGUAAGUGACUCUAAACUUUCAAAUAGUAGUGAAUAUAAUUAACCCUUAAAUAAAACUCUGAGAAAAAUAAACAUUUACUCACCAUCAUGCCUUUUAGAAAGAAGCGUCAUCUUACUGUAUUUUUCCAUAUAAAAUGAAACUGAUGUUGAUGUUAAACUUCUACUUGAAUCUGAUUCCUUUUACACUUUUUUCAACAACAAACAAUGUUGCAGGUCUUUUGUGAGGAUACAUGAUUUGUGUUUUUGAAGGUCCCAUGUGUAUUAAACAAUAAUCACAAUGUAGCAAAGUAAGAAUAUGUGAUUUUAAGAUGUACUUUAUUUAAUCAAGUUAAUACUACAUGAUUUUCUCAACAAUUUACUUAAUUUGUUUAAUCAACUAACAUUAGUGUUACAGUAACAUUA